UUUGUUAAACCACUUUAAUUUAUUUCUCAUUUUCCUUCCUUCUUUUAUCCUGAUAACUUCCCUUUGAUUUCUAGCUUUCUUCCUCUUCUCUUUUCCCUCUGACUCUUUCCUAUUUUCUUUAUUUCAAUAACAAAUUUUCUAUUUAACAAGUCAAAGCAAUAAUUCAAUUUGCAGAAAUUAUAUCAUAUUCCAAGAACUCAGUAGUCCACCUAAGCAGACAGAUAUCAUGUUUCCAUGUUUACCAGUAUUGAGCUUCAGAUUUAGUGUAUACAUGUGUUCUAUGUUCUAGCUCAUCUUCUUUUCUUGAUCUUUUUUCUUGUAUUAUGUUGUUUAUUUUCUUUUCCAGUCCUUUUUCCUUAUCUUUCUCCUUUUUUAGCUUAAUUGCUCCUCUUUCUAAAAGAUGAAACUGGGAAAGAUAUAUAUCAACAUUAUGUUUACAAAUCUAAAACAAGAGUUCUGAUUUUGCCUACAAUAUUGAUAUUUUAUAUUCUAGCUCAUUAAAUCCAACUACAAAAUACAGGCAACAUGUUCUAUACACAGUUGCUCAUGAGCAAGCGAGGGCCAUUGGCCAAAAUAUGGCUUGCAGCUCACUGGGAGAAGAAGCUCACAAAAGCCCAUAUAUUUGAAUGUAAUUUAGAGGCAACUAUUGAAAAAAUCAUAUCACCUAAGGUAAAAAUUGCACUGCGAACAUCAGGUCAUUUGCUGUUAGGAGUGGUUCGAAUCUAUCACAGGAAAGCAAAAUACCUUUUGGCAGACUGCAAUGAAGCUUUCAUUAAAAUGAAGAUGACCUUUCGCCCAGGACUAGUUGAUCUUCCAGAAGAAAAUUUUGAAGCUGCUUAUAAUUCUAUCACAUUGCCAGAAGAAUUUCAUGACUUUGAUACCCAGUUGCCCACUGUGAAUGCUAUUGAUGUUUCUGAACACUUUAGUCUGAACCAGAGUAAAGCUGAAGACAUUACACUUAAAGAAGAUUACAGUUAUGAUCUUCUUUUUCAAGCUGGGAGUUUUGGUGAUGAAUCUGAACUACUUCGGAGACAAAGCUUCUUUGAUGACAAUAUAUUGGUACAUAACAGUACAAUUUUGACUAGGCGCAGUGGUUCAAGCCUCCUUGAAGAAAAAUCUGCAUUGUAUGUCAGUGGAGAUGGAUUCGGGGAUGAAGGAACUGUAGGGGAUAUGAUUGACAAGCUGUUACAAGAUGACCACAAUAUUCUGUUGGAAGACUUCAAUUUGGAUGGAGAAAUUUCUUUGCCUCCUGAACCUCCUGAAUCUCUUGAAUCACCAGAUUCAUUAGUUGUAGAAGUAUGCAAUUCAGAAUCUAUAUAUCCAGAGUCUAUAAAUCCACCUGAUAAUCAGCAAAUGAACGGAACUAUGUUGAUGAUAAAUGAAGAAGAAGAAUUUACCCUUGAUCCAAUUAAUCUUGAAGAUAUUGCACGGAGAAGGAAAAGCAAACGUAAGAAGAAGCUACUUAUUGAUCCAGUGAAGGAGCUCAGCAGCAGCACCAUUCACAAACAGCUUAGUAACUUCAUGGAUACACUGACUGUGUUGGAACUAGCACCUCCUACCAGACGUUUGAUGAUGUGGAAGGAGACUGGGGGAGUAGAUACACUUCUAUCAAAUGCUACCCAGUUUCUGAUUAAUCCUGAGCUUAAAAUGUUGUUUCGAAAAUGCUUUCAGUCAUCUGGCUUUAAAAAUAGAAGAAAAUCUUCACAGAUGAGAUCUGAAAUGGAAGAAGCAAAAAACAAUGACCUGCUAGAGACUUCCAUAAUGGAAGAACCAUGCAACCUGAAAGAGUUAACUCAUUCAAAAAUGAUGACAGAUGGAACUGAAGAUCUGUUGACUAAAUGUGGGAGUGACAAGCAUGAAGACGCCAUUGAAAAUGCUGAUGCUAUGCAGGAAGCAACCGAAAUGGUUUCUUUCAGGCCUGAGAAAUCUUUGUCAAUGAAUGACUUUUUGGGAUUGGAAGUCGAAAAUUACCAAAUUGAUUUGGAAAAUGAGGAGACUUUGGAGAAUGAGAAAAUUACUGAGGAAAGAAAGUGGAAUCAAAGAACACUUCAAAUGUUAGAUUAUUUACGGCAUUCCAACAAUAUGGGAACGAAGUCCUUUAGUCUGAUGGAACUCUGCAGAAACAAUGACCAAAAACAAGUCGCUGCCAAGUUUUAUAGCUUCCUUGUCCUCAAGAAACAGCAAGCCAUUGAGCUUAGUCAGAGUGCCCCCUAUGCAGACAUUAUAGCAACAGUGGGACCAAUGUUCCAUCAAAUAUGAGUGCCAGUGAGAAAUCCAAAGCCUUUAGGGCUGCAUCUUCAGUUCAUUUUCUAGCUAGAUCUUCCAGUUCUUUGUAGAGUAACUGUGGAAACAGCUAAAAAUUUGGUCCAUUAAGUCGAAAGGAAGUCUUCCCACUUUCUACCUUUAAUGCCAAAAUAAGAAAUAAUGCCUGGAAAGUGCAUGUGUUAGUAAAUGAUUCAUUAUAAUAGUAUGUCAUUUUUUAAUAAUCUGGCUUAAAUAUUUUACCUAAGUAUAUUAAUCUAGCUAAACAUUACAAUAAACUUUAAAUAGAUUUACAAUAGACAAUUGAUUUUAUUUUUAGAUAAUUUUUUAAAGUAUGUCAGUGGGUUUAGAAAUUAUUCAGAAAGAGAAAUGCUUCUCUUAAAAUUGGAAUAUUUUAAUUGAUUACUCAAAUGUUAUUGAGUUAAUUAGCACUUAACUAUUUCCUGUUAUUGCCCAAUGGAUAAUGUCAUUUACAUUUUACAUGGGAUAAAUGUGUGCAUUUGAUUUUUCCUAAGUGCUUUAUUUUAUAGUUCUUGACAUUCAUUCUCAGUGUUCCAAAUCACCUAUGGCUAUUUGCAAGUCAUUAAUGUUUCCUGUUUAUUAUGACAGUCUUGUAUAUUUUUAUAAAUAUUGUUAAUUUUAAAAUGUCUGUAAAGCAAACACUUUCUUAUAGUAAAACACUGAAACUUAUCAGUGUGCUAAAUGUACCUACAGAAAUAGUACAGGUCAUUGAAAUAAAUAUUCUUUUCUCACCAGGUGUUUACAAAUUUGAUGUGUU